AUGGCCCCGACGCGCAAGGACAACGCUUCGCCAUGGUACUGCAAGUGGUGCAGGCACGACGUCACGAAUCAACCGUGGUUCAAUGCUUCCACCCUUGUCUACUGUAAGAAGUGCGGCCUGCACAAGAGCAACUGUUUCAAGGAGAACAAAGUGGCGUCGCAGCCCAGUGUCUCGGCCAAGCAGCAGUCGCUCGCGGCCAAGGUCAAGGAGCUCGAGGCGCUGCUCACCAAGCUACGCGAGCAUCCCCCUGGGCAUGGGCCAGCGGCUACGGGAUCAACGAGCGCGAGCCCACCAUGGGCUGCUGCGCCAGGGGAUGCCGACACUGUCGAGCGGAAAAGGAUCAAGAUGCUGGAUCAGCUGCUCCGUGUCACUACUGACCCUGCUGAUGCUGAUACUGUGGCCACAUGGCGCGAAGAGCGGGCGAAGCUGGACGCCGAGCUCUUUCAAGACAGGCCCAUCGAGCAUCAGGCCAGGUCUUUGGCGUCAAGAUUGUCUGCUGCCCGUUCGCGACAGGCUACCAUUCAGGCCACCCGCGAUGAGCAGCAGAGGAAGAUUGACGAGCUCACUCGUGGCCUGGCCGACACGGACUCCAAGCUGCAAGCGGCCACUGCUGUCCUCCGCCUGGAGCAGCAGACCCGCACCGCCAUGUCGCGAGUCCAGCCGCCCGAGGGCACGCAUGUGGAGCAGCUGGGCAAGGUCGCAACAGGCCUCGGCCUCGGCGCCGACAUGGUCAAGGAGCUGCAGGCCAUGGCCGACACG